AUGCCUGAUGAAGAAGAUAUUCAUGAUGAGCUUGCUGUUGACAGUAACCCCAGCUGGACCCGUGGUGACAUCAAUAAUGACCCUUUGCCUGAAUACCAACAUGAAAACCCUGUUGCAGUUAGGUCUCCAUAUGAAUAUUUUAUCGAUUUCUUUACUGAAGACAUGAUAGACAACAUAACAUAUCAAACAAAUUUGUAUGCCAAGCAACAAGAACAAUUAUACCACAUCGUCAUUUUUCUGUUCCGUAUGCGAAAUGUUAUCAUUGUAGUUGUGGAGCCGGGUGAGAGAGCCUUGGGAGGGAAGCGUAAGCUACAGCAGCGCGGGGAGCCGGCCAGCAAGCGGGUGAAGGUGCCGGCGUACUUCCUGCCGGACGUAGCUCAGUGCAUCGCUAUGAGUGACAUGAAGUUACCUCUCACACAUCUCUCUCUUAAGCUUCGUGAGAGGAACGUGUUCAACACUGGAGAACAAGUGGAGGAAGGAGGUAUGGGUGUUCUCUUGAGACUGAUAGAUCUACCAACCACCGAGGGACUAUCUCCAGACACCAUUUUCACUCUGAGGAAGCACCUCCUCUCAGCGUCAAUCCGCAUUCAAGCCGCCGUUGCUUGGCAAUUCACUGGGUCACGGGUGUUUGGCAUGGAAUACCUCUUCACUAACUGCCCGGUAACUAGCCUACACUCCAGGGAGCAGGGUCCUCGCCGGGCCACGUACUUCACCUAUGAGGUGACCAGUGCUGAGCACGUGGGCACCACCGUGGACGCCAUCCUGGCCGACUGGACCACCAUCUCUAUGCUGUAUCAGCUGGUGCUGCAGUUUGCAGCUCAAUUGUCAGCUUCCAGAGGUGGUGUUGAGUCAGCAGGCAGCAGCAGCAGCAGCAGCAGCAACAUGGCAAACCCCAAGACCUUGAGCGAGAUGGUGCGAGUUAGAUCCUUCAACUAUAAGAGUAUCACCCUGGCCUAUGGUCCCAGCUUUGAUGCUUUCUGUGUGUUGCGCUACAGUCCAGAGAAGAAAGGCUUUAUUCUAAGUUUUGGUAUGUGUGGGGAAGGAGUGUGGGCAAUGAACCCCCACACCAUUAUGCAAGACCAGCUUCAAGACUUGGUCAACCAGACAGGGAACAUGGGCCUGGUUGACUUGGCCACAGCACUGCACCACACCUACCAGCCACUACUGGCCAUCUCCAAGCUCUCACCCACUCUGCACCUUGGUGUCAUUGACAAGAAGCAUCAGCCAAUUAAGAACUUCACAGUGCUACCCCAGUCUCCUACACGAGUCAGCAUUAUUUACCGCAAUGUCUACUGCCUCAAUGUUGACCUCCUUCCCAAUGGACUGGUUGCUGUCAGAGAUGGUGCCUACAGCAGCUUUGAGACUUCCAAGUUGAUUGAAGACUUUAUCCAGAUACAGGGACUUAAGGCAUUCCUCAGCAAGUAUGUGGAUGAGACGGCUAUCAACAUCAGACGUUCCCAGUCUGAAGACGACAAUCCACCUACACCAAUCCCACUGGACGAUACGAUGUGGCCCACACCCAAGGCAGCAUCUCCGGCACGACACGGCCCCAUGACACCACCCAUAUCAUCUAACCCCCACACGCCAGCCAGCCCACACCCUGGUGGCAUGAGUCAGACCGGGGGACACGGCGCAUUUGUGGCCAGUCCAGCCACCAGCGGCUUCUCCCUGGCGUCUCCUCCACCAAUGCCGGGGAUGAACCCAUCACCGGCCAUGCUCCCCCACCCAUCACCCAGUGGAGGCUUCCUGGGAGCAAAUUCACCAUCUGCUCCACAGCACAGUGUGUCAUCCCCAGGAUUCCUGGCACCUUCCCCAGCUGGCCCUCACUCUGUGCCCAUGCACUCUCCAGCCUCUGCUAUUAUGCACAGCCAAGUGGGACCGUCGUACACAUCAAGGAUGCUGCCUAAUAAACCUUACGCUGCGGCCGUACCCACGACCCUGACUCACGAUGCUUUCCACACACUAUGUUCUCCAGCACAGGUGGAUGAGGGCGGUGAGAGCAGUUUACAGUGUGUGCUGGAACAGUUCCUGGGGAUGACCUACAUUAAGCGACACUUCCAGAUGCAAUGUGAAGGAUGUGAGCUGAUGAAGCCUGUGGGCGGUGUUGAGUCUGGCAGUAUACAGUUCAAGACAGAGACUCUCAACUGCCAGAUACUGGUGCAGAGCAGUCCCUCAUACAACCUGAUACUCAAGUUGCAGCCACUACCUGAACAUGCUGACCAGUGGACUAGUGAAGAACUACAGGUGCUGGAGAAGUUCUUUGCUGCCAAGGUUCCCAUCCCACCAUACAGACCUUAUGCUGUACAGUCUUUCUACAGUAUUCUUAAGUUCUCUGUUAGAGUUCUUAAAGACUGCAUCCGCAUUAUGCAGCUGGAACUGUUCCCAACACCCCGGGUUUUACAACAAAUGAAGUGGAGUCUACAAUUCCUAACAAACCCUCCAAUUGGCUCUCCCAUUGCUCCUCCCGGGAUGUUUAUUGUAGUCGUCUCCCGCAACAAAAUACUCUUCUUUUUCCAGUUAACAAGGAUCAAUGUGCAGUUACCACCCGAGACAGAGCCUCCAAAUUUAAUGCUGCCAUUGGUAUACGACAGUGUGAGCAACAAGACCCAGAUGGCAGAGCGCCGUGAUCACGGCAACAUUCCUAGCAUUACUGUGCAGGUCAUCAAUGAUAUCAUGAGCCGUGCCAUUGUACAGCCCAAUGAGAUGUGUCUCUAUCCGUGCAUUCGAGAGUUGCUGUGCAGCUUGAGUCUGGGUCCCGAUGGUAAUGCCGUAGCUACUCCACCAUCGUCAGUAGGCCAGAGUACACCCACAUCCUCAGGGGGCUCUGUACCUCAGUCGUUGGGGUCGCCCCAUUUGACGUCUCCUCACAUGGCCUCUCCGCACACUCCUGGUUCUUCUGGAACAACACCAACAGUCCAGUCGUCCAUGGCAUCUACGAUGUCACAGAGCAUGAUCUCCUCAUCCACAGGUACUGCCACCACCAACGUGGCCACACUCAGCAACCCUAGCAUGGUUUCUACAAUGUCUUCGGGAGCACACUUCAGUGGACCAAAACCAGUGUCUGCUGUAGGACAUAUGCAACCAACGCUUGGCUCUAUGGGACCUAUGGGACCACAGGGUAUGCAGAACAUGCAAGGAGGUAUGCAACCAAGCCACAUGCAGCAGCCCAUGACCUCUAUGGCUGGAGGGAUGAUGCAAGCUGGACCACGAGGAAUGCAGGGUGGACCAUCAGCUGUGCAGAGUGGACAGAUGGGUGGUGGCCCUGGAGGCAUGCAGGGUAUGGCUAUGGCAGGAGGUGGCAUGCAGGGUGGACCAGGAGGCAUACAAGGCCCUGGUAGUAUUCAAGUUGGACCAGGGGGAAUGCAAGGAGGUCCAGCAGGUAUGCAGUCUGGUCCAGGAGGCAUGCAGGGUGGAAUGCAGGCAGGACCUGGAGGUAGACAAGGUGGAUUCAGUGGAAACAUGAUGGGUCAAUUCAAUCGCUAAUUAUGUGGUUAAACCCACAUGUAUAUAGGCAUAACACUCAAAAGUAAAUAGGCUUUUAUAUAUGCAUUAUCCACCAUUUACGAGAUGCGUGUGUGCUGUGCUCAAUAUUGGAUAUGUGAGUUUAGCAAAAGGUAUUAAGAGCAGUAUUUUAUUAUGUUUAUUUGCUUUAUAAGUUCUAUACUUAUUUUUUGAAUCUUGCAGAAGAUUUGUCACUGAGGAGCUGUUUAGUAAAAAAAGGCCAAAUUCCAUAA